UGUUUUCAACAAAAUGAUGGCUGUGGGGUAAAGUGAGCCAAACUGCUCGGGAUAAAUUGACCCAGUGGUUCAACUUACCCCACAAUGAAGCACUACGAUGUCAGAGGUAAAACAUGUGUUUAAUUGUAGCAAUACAUAAUUGAUUUGUUUUUUAAAAUAUGUGUAUCAUUGUAGACAAGCUAGAAUGCCGAGGAAAUACAGCAGGAAGACAAACUGGGGCUCAACAUCCCUUGAGGAGAUGCAGAGGGCAGCAACCGAAGUCCAGGAUGGAAAAUCCAUAAGAAAAGUGGCCACAGAGAGAAAUAUUGACAGGUCAACCUUACGCAGAUUCCUAAAAAAGAAAGAGGGAGGGGAAGUGACAGUGGCAGGCGACACAGGGACAGCAAAUGCAAAGAGGGUCUUCACAGAGGAGAUGGAGGAAGACCUUGCAAACCACGUGAAAAAACUGGCUGACCACUUCCAUGGCCUCACUGCAAAGAAAUCCCGUGAUCUAGCCUACGAAAUGGCAGAGAAAAACAAUAUCCCUGUCCCAGAGAGCUGGAAAGCUAACCGUUCAGCAGGUAGGGUAGAAGAGAUCACAAUUCAGCUCAGGUAAACAGUUGGUCUUGUAGCUAAACAGAUUCUUAAUAAUGUCCCUAUUUGUUUAGGUCGAGAUUGGUCAUCAACUUCAAGGCAUGCCACCAUCUCUCCUACCGUAUGCCUGAAGCAACAUCUUUGGGGAGGGCUACAGCCUUCAACAAGACCACUACCUCGAAUAAGCAGUAGUUAUUUAGUCAUUGAAGGCUACAGUUACUUUCCAGUUGUAUUGUUGCUGUUUUGUCUUGAAAGGCUGGCCUGUAAAAUAUUCUGAACAUUGAACAUGAGUUUCAAUUUGGUUUGUUGUUUAUUUAGUUAUAUUCUAACUCGUUAGUUAUAUUCUGCUCAAGUCGAAAAUUGAAAAAGUCAAAAGGUCAACUUACCCCUAUGUGGUUCAAUUUACCCUUUGAGGUGGAGCAAUUUACCCCUAAGUUGGGGCAAGUUGAGCCACAAAACCAUUUUUUUUUGAUAGGUUAUAUUUCCAUGACCAAUCAUUAUGGAUGCGUUCUAAUCAUUUCCACUGAUGUGAGACAUCAUGAAAUUAAUGUACAUGUGUUGGUUUUACUUCACUUUCAUUUCCACUUGCCUACAGGUCAAACAAUGUAAAAAGUGGCUCAGUUUACCCCGCUCUCCCCACUGUAGAGGGCAGAGCUUGGCGCAAAACCAGAGCCAGUUUUAAAGAAAGCAUUCAU